GCCUGGAACUGGUUGGUCCUGAUUACAGAGAGAUGUUUUCAGUUCUGCAAUGCAGUUUCUUCACCUUGGGGAUGUGUAUUUUAUCUGGCCUCGCUUACGCCUUUCCUGCGUGGAAACACAUUGCGUACACCUCGUCCAGCGUUCUCGUGCCUUUGCUUGUCAUCAUGUGGUUUGCCCCAGAAUCGCCGCGUUGGAACCUUUUGAAUGACAGACUCGAAGAAACGUACGAUUUGUUCCUCAACAUUCUCGGGGAUUCACCGGCUAAAAUGAAAAUGGCUCAAGUUUUUGUCAAACGGCUUGAGGCUGUGCAAAAGUCAGAGUUGAAGGAGUACCGGUUGGAGACUGGGUCUGGACUGAGAGAAAGUAUUAGAAAAGUGUUCCAAACCAAGCAGAUGAGGAACAAGAUGUUGCUCAUGACAUAUGAAUGGGCAACAGCUCAGACUGUGUACAUAGGGCUGGGUUACUAUGGCCCAGGGAUUCAUGAAAACCCAUACCUAGCAUUUUUCCUGUCAUCAGCGGUGGAGUUUUUGUGUUUUCCUGUGGCCUAUUGGUACAUGCACAGAGUGGGGAGAAGACCAGCUUAUGCACUGAGCACUGGAACUUCUGCAGCAUUAAUGGCAGUAUUCUUGGUGGCCAAAUUGUCCAUUGCAGCUGCUUUCUUGAUAACCAUCCCAUAUGCAGGUGAACUGUACCCAACAGAACUCAGGGCGUUUGGGUUUUCUGUGGGGUCUGUUCUUGGUGGCCUGGUGUGCAGUCCUGCUCCUCUGGUUGUAUAUCUUGGAGCAAGUAACUUGGCAUUGCCUUUGAUCAUCUUUGGGUGCUUGGCUGUGGCUGGAGGCAUUCUUUCCCUGCUGUUGCCUGAAACCCUGGGCAAGGCAAUGCCUCAGACUGUGCAAGAAGCUGACGAGAACAAGCUCAUACCCUUCUCAUCAGCCUUUUCCCCUCAGGGCAUCAAAUCUCUCUUUACAGUGAAAGCAUGAAAGUUAUCAUGCAGUCAAAAAAACAUUGUGUACGUUGCCGGCUGUGUCAUAAAAUUGGUGCGUUUGUUGCACAUGAAUGUCUGGGGUCAUAUCGUCAUGACGAAGAAUGUUCGUGGAAUGGAAAGCAAGGGAUUGAAUUGCUAAUAAAACUUUGAAAGCUGAUCCUUUUGUGAUGAAGAAAAGGUGUG